ACCCCGUCUUGAGUCAUACUAUGUUUGCCUUUAGCAAUGUUUUUGUUUUCAUACCACAAAUCGUACACGAAGGGAUUAAUUUGUGGUGUUUAUAAUCCAAGAAUGAAUCCAUCACACCAAUGCCUUAACUGAUCUGUGUCAGGAUGAAUGACAUGAACCUCAGCCCAGUGGGCAUGGACCAGCUCAGUGUGCCUGUGAGUGCAAGUCACCUCGGCCUCCCCACAUCCCCAACCCACAACCCUAUCACCACUCCAGGCAUGCCAGUUGCUAUUCCAAGCUUGGGCCCAUCACUUGGGCCCCUUCCUUCUGCGCUGUCCCUGAUGUUACCCAUGGGUCCUUUAGGGGACAGAGGAGUUAUGUGUGGCCUUCCAGAGAGAAAUUAUACACUACCACCUCCUCCAUACCCACACUUGGAAAGCAGCUACUUCAGACAUAUCCUACCAGGUAUUCUGUCAUAUCUAGCAGAUCGUCCACCACCUCAAUACAUACACCCUAGCAGCCUCAACAUGGAUGGCACUCUCUCUGUGUCCAACAACAACCCUUCUGGCUUAGACCCCUAUAGUGGCCCCGGUGGCCCUCUAGAACAAGGCCUGGUGACUUUAGACACACGACAGGUCGGAGGCCAAGCCGAUCUCCACCAGGGAGGCUCUCACGAAGUCCAGCUGGGCGCCACAGGACUAACCAUGGAGUCCCGUGUGAGCAGUCCGAUGUCUCCUGACGGGAUAGAGGAAGACUUAGCCACCAUGGAGGGUGUCGUGGUGGCAGAAAGCCAACAGCAGCUCGGCAGCAGAUCUCAGACUCACGAGGGUUUAGCAGGCGUGGACUCUUCAGGAGGUGUUAUGCCUCUUCACGGAGCAGGACUGGAGCUCCCGGUGGUGAUGGAGCAGGAACACAUGGGUGGAAGAGUAGGAUCUGGCGGUACAGGAGCGGGUGGUCCCGGGACGCUGAGUGAAGCCUUGCAUUCGGCUGGAGAACUGAACUCUGGGGUGGUUAGUGUGGUGCUCACGGGGGCAAUGCUGCCGCAGACACAACUAGAGCGAGUAUCUCUACACGGGCCUUCAGGACUGGGACUGGAGCAGGUCAAUGUGUCCGCACAAGUGUCUCUUGGACCGGACAACAGUUUGGUACUGGUGAACUCUACCUUACAGCUUGAGGAUUCCACAUCUAAUAAGGAAAAUAUGGCUACUGCCUUCAACAUAUAUUGUCCUGAACAUGGACCUGUCACAUUCAUCCCAGACACACCCAUUCAGAGCAGAGCCCGCCUCUCUCUGCCCCGCCCCCUGUGCCUUCGCAUUUCUGUCACCGAUGAGCCCAUUGGUGUGUUUUCUAGAGAGUCCAUACCCUCCAGAACCUGCUUUGGGCCGAUGGUUGGACAGCACUGCAGCAGUGUGGAACUGACAGACUGGUCAGACAAGGACACCCCUCAAAUAUGGAAGAUGUUUCACAACGACAUCCAAGAAUUCUGUAUUGUGACGACAGAUGAGCAUGAAUGCAACUGGAUGAUGUUUGUGAGGAAAGCAAGAACUACAGGGGAGCAGAAUCUGGUGGCGUAUAUUGACAAUGGAAAGCUGUAUUUCUGCACAACCAGAGAGAUUCUGCCCGAUCAGGAGCUACUGUUUUAUUUCAGCAGGGACUACAGCAGACAGCUAGGUGUUCCCAGAGUUCCAGAGGGCCAGAUCUGUCAUUGUGGAAAAGAAUGUGCCUCCUUCACAGAGUUCAAAUCUCACCUCGGCAGUCACGCUCAGAGCCACAGUCCUACCCAGGACCAUCCCGCUCACCCCGGCCACAGCCAGUCGCAUUCGCAGGACAAGGUGACCAAUGAGCCGCUCCGCUCCACCUCGUCCCCACAGUGGCAGUGCCAUUCAGAUGUGAAUGAGCAUUCCAGCAGCAGCAGCGGUAAUGGGCACGGCCGCGAGAGGAAGUUCAAAUGCAGCAUGUGCACACGAGCGUUCACUACCUCCACUAAACUAAACGUGCAUUUCAUGGGUCACAUGGGCAUGAGGCCACACAAAUGCAGCUACUGCAGCAAAGCCUUCAGUGAUCCCAGCAACCUCAGAAAACACCUGAGAAUUCAUACAGGUCAGAAGAACUUCAGGUGUACAGUGUGUGGGAAGUCUUUUACUCAGAAGGCACAUGUGGAAUCUCAUAUGGUUAUACACAUCGGUGCCAAAAACCUUAAAUGUGACCAUUGUGACAAGAUGUUUGUGCGAAAACAAGAUCUCAAACAGCACAUGUACUCACAUUCACUAGACCGGCAGAUAAACUGUCCAAAGUGUGACAAGCAGUUCCUAAAGCCUGACCAUCUUAAAAAACACUUAAACUCUCAUGAAGGGAAGCGGGACUUCAUCUGUGAAAAGUGCAACAAGGGUUUCCUCACUAAAUACCACCUCACACGCCACCUCAAAAUCUGCAAGGGCCCAAAGAUCGGCCGGGGGGCCACACAGGGUGAGGAAGAAGAGGAGGAAGAUGAAGAGGAGGAAGAAGAAGAGGACGAAGAGAGAGAAGCUGAGAUCCAUCCAGCCAAUCAGGAGGAGUGUGCAAUCGGAAUGGGUGGUUAUGCUUCUGAAAAAAAUAUGUAACUUAUACAGUGCGUAACAGGAUGAAUCCAAGCCUAUUUAUUAUUCCUUUUUGUUCUGCCCAUUAGACGCCUUUAAGUCCUUUUGCCAAACUUUAUAUAUCAUUCACCAACAGAAAUCUGUAGAUUUUAAUUGAGUUAAAAAAUACAUUACAAAGUUUCAAUGUUAAAGGUGCAGUAGGUAAUUGUC